CUUUCUCAAACGUCAUAAUCAAAAGUGAUCGUAAAAGAGCUGUCUUCUUCUUGAAAAUGCUAAGAUGAGUGGCAAGUGAAGUGUUUCAGCUAUAUAAAGCACUAAUUUGGGUGCCUGGAGAGGAAACAGGAGGCUUUGCGAGGCGCGAAGAACAAGUCGCCCGCCCCAUUUUAAAGCGCUUUCGGUGUCAGUGUCCGUGUCCCACCACCAGGGCGCCAUAUUGGACGGGACACAUUGUGAAGCCGAGCCGAUUUAAUCAAGUAGUAACAAGAAAUAAUUUCUGAAGACAGUAGGUAGUAGGCGUACACGCUGUCGUUUGAGAACAUCGGCCGAAGCUGUGUCCGUCGGUGCAUCUAAUUGUUGUUUUAAUCCCGUUUUGGGCUACAACUGUAGUAACUAGUGGCUUCUGUCAGCGUCACGGAGAGCACCGCGAACACUUAGCCGAGGCCCAGAGUCGAAACAUAUUCCUGUACUAUCUAUCCACAGGAGGGGAGCACCACAGAAAGGGGGAGGAAAGGGGAGACGCCCUCGUGCUGGAACCGGCUCCGUUUCCUCUUUCAAAAUGGCGAAUGUUGGCUGACAGAACCGGGCGAAUCGAAUGGGGAAGUGGUGACUGACUGACUCGUCGCGUCGGAUGGCGGAAAGUAUAACCCAUCGACAGUUGAAGUGAGCGUGGACUUGGUUUGAGAGAACGCUGGACACAGUGACAGUUGGCAACUUUGCUGUAACGUUGCGGCAACGUUGCGGUAACGCAGCGCGAGCACUGGGCGGAGGACACGGCGGGAGCGCCAUGGCUGUGAUCGCAGUCCCUGUUGCUCGGGUUGUGCAGAAAAGCUGAUAUAUGCUUUGAAGACCCCUUCCUCUGAGUUCUUUCCACCGGUGCAGAAUCCAGCUCAUCAACCUCAGUUGAGUGCCCUGUGCAACACAGACCGCGCCAUGACGUCGCGUGUGCUGCUGCGACAGCAGCUGAUGCGGGAGCAGGCACGUGAGCAAGAAAGGCGUGAGGCGCAGCAGCAGGCCUCCGCUCAGCAGCUCCGUGCUGCCGCGACCUCACCGGCCAUCUCCGUCUCUUUGCCGACACCGGGCCCCCGUCUGCCCCCUGCACAGGUGCCUGUGGAGGUGCUUAAGGUGCAGACCCACCUUGAGAACCCAACAAAGUAUCACAUCCAGCAAGCGCAGAGACAGCAGGUGAAGCAAUACCUCUCUACUACCUUAGGACCGAAGGAGGCCAGUCAUACUUUGGGGGCAUCGCUUGUGCCACAGGCCAACUCUGCCCCUGAGCUUUCUCCUGGAGUCAGCAGUGCUCCUAAUAGCCCCAUGGCUUUGCUCAACUUGGGAUCCAGCAAGGAGGAGAUUGAAGAUGUUAUUGAUGACAUCAUCAGCCUUGAAUCCAGUUUCAAUGAUGACAUCAUGACAUUGAUAGACUCUGGACUACAGCUGCCCAAUACGCUACCCGUGUCGGGGAACAUCCUUGAUGUGUACAGCGGGGCAGGGGGGGGCAACCCAGCCAUCACUGUCAGCAAUUCCUGUCCUGCUGACCUGCCCAACAUCAAGACAGAGCUGACAGAUGCAGAAGCAAAAGCCCUGCUGAAGGAGAGGCAAAAGAAGGACAACCACAACCUCAUCGAGAGAAGGAGGAGGUUCAACAUCAAUGACCGCAUAAAGGAGUUGGGAGAUCUCAUUCCCAAGUCCAGUGACCCUGAGAUGCGCUGGAACAAGGGCACUAUCUUGAAGGCCUCCGUGGACUAUAUCCGGAAGCUACAGAAAGAGCAGCAGCGUGCUAGGGAGGUGGAGGUACGGCAAAAGAAGCUUGAGCUUGCCAACCGUAGCCUGCUACUGCGCAUCCAGGAACUGGAGAUGCAGGCUCGGCUACAUGGCCUCUCAACCCCUCCUGCCCCCACCGGACUUUGCUCUGACCUGUCGGUCCUGCAGCAGCAGCAGCAGCAGCAGCAGCAGCAGCAGACAGGACCACCUCUAUCCCACACUGUCCUCAGCCUGGAUAGAAUGGGAAGAGAGGGUGGGGCUUCUGCACGGCCUACUGCUGCCUCUGGGCUCACCUUUCUGUCACCACCAGCACUGCCGGUGGGUGUGACCAUGAGCAGCCCUCUUGACCUAGGCACCUUGAACUUUGUGGAUCUUGACACCACUGUGGGUCUGGGGGACAUGCUCAUGGAUGAAGGAUGUGCUCUGUCCCCCGUCGGGGCCGCUGACCCCCUGUUCUCAGGCGUCUCCCCUGGGGCCUCUAAGACCAGCAGCCGGAGAAGCAGCUUCAGCAUGGAGGAAGACUUCUGAGUUGGUCCACACAGGAAAAUGGUCAGAGCUGUCAGGCCUGAGGUACUGUGGGAGAUGGCUAAAUGCUCCCUGUCACAAGAUAGCAGCCUUGUCUCUUGUCAUGUUGUUUUUGAAGGAUGAAAAUAUUCAAAAUCUGAAUUGAAAUACUCCACUCAUACACUACCCAGAGUUCUCGUUAAAGCUUGUACUGCUUCAGAGCAGCAGAAAAGAUGUAGUUUUAAACCGCUCCCCAGUUCAGCUGCACUUUGUGAGCUACAAAUGGUGUUCCCUUCUGAGAUCCUCUGACGAGCUGUGUAUCCUGUGUGUGAAAUUCAGAAAGGUGUAGACUGAAAUUGGUGUGGAAAGCUUCUGCUGCAGAUGUAAUGUUCUACUGCAUACAGGAAGGAACAGAAACAAGAAAUGGUAAACUGUGGAUACUUACUGUAUAUUGUAGUUUUCUUUUUUGGUAUCUGUUAUACAAUUGGGGUUUGUAAAAAUAAGGGGUUGUGAAGAACUCUGAGGAAGGGAGAUAGACCUCAGGUAUAAUUUUCCUUUUGUUUCGGUAGAACUUAAACUGUCAGACGAGCUCAGGAAUCCAGUGCUUUAUUUCAGAAAUGGCAAAUUAGGGAAUGUAUUUGUGUGUGUGUGUGUG